AUGUUGCAGAAACCUGAUUUCCAGAUUAUGAAAAAGCCCAAAAAGAAGGACAAGAAAGAGAGAAGCUCGAAAAAAGGCUCGCAGCCACGAAAUGGACACAACGAUAGCUCACAACAAGGGCACCAGUCAAAAAUGCGAUAUAAAGAAGCGUGCAAAUGUCAGGAUAUCCGAAAUGAUCCGAAGUUGAAGACAAAAGUAUGCAUUAUUUUGUAG